AUGGAUCAAGGAGGUCGUACCGGUGGCGGAGGAGGAGGAGGAGCCGAGCAAGGGAAGUUCCGCGGAGUAAGGAGACGACCUUGGGGAAAAUACGCAGCAGAAAUAAGAGAUUCGAGGAAGCACGGAGAGCGUGUGUGGCUAGGGACAUUCGACACCGCAGAAGACGCAGCUCGAGCCUAUGACCGAGCGGCCUAUUCAAUGAGAGGCCAAGCCGCUAUUCUCAACUUCCCUCAUGAGUAUAACAUGGGAACCGGAUCCUCCUCCACCGCGGCUAACUCUUCUUCUUCGUCUAGGCAAGUUUUUGAGUUUGAGUACUUGGACGAUAGUGUUUUGGAUGAACUUCUUGAAUAUGGGGAGAACUAUAAUAAGACUCAUAAUGUCAACAUGGGUAAGAGGCAAUAAAUGGGACUACAAUCGUUAUAGAUUGAAGGUUAUGUGACAAACCAUUUUCAUUUAUAACAAAAAGU